GUCUCAUUUAAUAAUUAAGUUUAAUGAACUGUAAUUUCCGUCAUGUUGGUGUUGAUGUAUAGGGAUAUGUAAGGAAUGGGAUACGAGAGUAAUGAUAUUUGGAGGCUGUGUCUGUGAAGAGGAACCGUAUAAGAAUCUGAGAGCAUCAAAACACAGAAGGCAACAUGGGUCGAAGUAAAAGCAGAAGCAGCAGCCGCAGUAGCAGCAGCAGUAAUGAUGACAGCAGCAGCCAAAGUGGCAGGAGGAGUAGCAGCAGCAGUGAUGAUAGUGUAGACAUCAAGAAUAAAGACAAGAAGCAUCACAGUCGUGGCUCCAGCCCUGUGAGACGGCGCCACAAAUCUAGGUCUCCCUCAAGGGACAGAGGUCACCGCACAGAGUCACGUGACAAGCAUCGCCGGAGAGACAACAGGUCACACUCACAGGACAGAAUUCGUAGGUCAGGCUCAAGAGACAGAGGCAAACACUCAAGGUCAAGGGAAAGACACCGCAGAUCAAGUUCCAGAGACAGAAAUCGCAGAGUAAAACGGCAUGAAAAAACACACAGGUCAAAAUCAAGAGACAGACACAGGUCAAAAUCAAGAGACAGGCAUAGGUCAAGAUCAAGAGACAGACAGAGGUCAAGGUCAAGAGACAGACAGAGGUCAAAAUCAAGGGACAGAUAUGGGUCAAAAUCAAGGGACAGAAGAUCAAAGUCAAGGGAAAGAAAGAGAUCAAAAUCAAGGGAAAGAAGGUCAAGAUCAAGAGACAGAAAGAAGUCAAAAUCAAGAGAAAGAAGGUCAAAAUCCAGAGACAGACACAGCUCGAAAUCCAGAGACAGAAGGAGGUCAAAAUCAAGAGACAGGCACAAGAGAUCGAGAUCAAGGGAAACAGUAGCAGACAGCCGUAAAAAGAGAAGCAGAUCAGAUUCUCAUUCAGAUUCUGAGUCACCAGUGAAGACAAGACCAAAGCAUGGAGGUGACAGCCACAGAAGAGAAGAGAUGUUGCAUGCACAGCAACGUAAUGGACGCUUUGAGAGAGAGAGGAGUCGGUCUUCAUCAAAACAGAAAGAUCUCAGUCGCAGAGACCAACGAGCGAGCAGAUGGGAUGUAGAGAACAGUACUUCCAGCCAGAGAAGCAGGUCCCGGACACCUAACAGAGGCAGUAGCCGUGGUGGUCCCCAGAGAAAUAGGGAGCGGUCACCACCAACCCCAGAUGACAGGUGGGGCCACAAGAAAUUCUUUGAACAACAACAUGAAAUUAACCACAGGAGUUCUGGGAGCUCAAGGGACCACUACAGAAAUGGAGGAACGUACAGAGACAGAGACCGAGGUAGUGGAGGGUUCGGCCGGCGCAGCAACACAAGCAGCCAGAGUGACGACUACUAUGGUUUCCGGCGCCAGCAGCGGCAGCAGAUUACUGAGGAAGGUGUACCAGAGCUGUGGGCGAUGUCACCAGGAAAUGUCCAAGAAGACUCUGAUGAGAUGAACACGGACGAUGAAAGAAUGGCAAAGAUGGUUAUGAAGGGAGCGUUGAAUGAUUCUUUGACUGUAGAAAAGGAAAAGAAGAAGAAGAAGAAGAAAAAUAAGAAGAAACACAAGAAAGAAAAGAAGAAGAAGAAAAAGAGCAAGAAAAAGGCAUCCAAAAAGAAGGACAGUGAUUCCUCUUCAGAAAGUGAGAGUGGUUCGGAAGUUGAUGAUGACGAUGAUCAGCUCAAGUGGAUAGAGAAAAGAAAAGACAGUGAUGGAAACAUGGUGGAGGAGGUGGUGGUGGGUCCUGUCCCCAAGCCUCAAGUCACCCUCUCCAAAAAGGACUAUGGCAAGGCUCUUCUGCCUGGUGAAGGAGCAGCAAUGGCAGCCUAUGUAGCUGAGGGCAAGAGGAUUCCCCGGCGUGGUGAGAUCGGCUUGACAUCAGAUGAGAUUGCCAAAUUUGAAGAAGUUGGGUAUGUGAUGAGUGGAAGCCGCCACCGCAGGAUGGAAGCCGUUAGGUUACGUAAAGAAAACCAGAUUUAUUCAGCUGAUGAGAAACGAGCAUUGGCAAUGUUUAGCAAGGAGGAAAGGCAGAAGAGAGAAAACAAGAUCUUGACGCAGUUCCGAGACAUCGUUCGUAGUAAGCUGAAUAAAAAGUAAGUCAAAGUAAUUAAUGUGUGAAGAUCUGGAUUGGAUGAGGUUUUUAUUGAAUUGUUUGUUAUUUUAAAGCUUACAAUGAACCAUUUAUCUACUUAUAUUUCAUGGGACUGAUAUUUUUAAUAACUUAUUUCAUAUUUUGCUUGCAGUCUCUGUUUACAUGAAAGUUUCUGUCGGUGGCCAUCCUUGUCUUACAUUUAUAGGAACUGUAUCUAACUAUUUAUUUUUAAAUAAUUUCUGGAUACAAAAGUAGCAAUAUAAUUUAAUUCCUUGUUUUAUAAAAUGGGUUGUGCAGAUAGACAUGUAAUAAAGAAGGUACAAAGUCUUGUAAACCGUCUUACAAUGUCUUGUUUAUAGAUCUUAAUUCUCUCUCUCUCUCUCUCUCUCUCUCUCUCUCUCUCUCUCUCAAGUUGUUACAAAAGCCCUUGUGGGGGUUUCACAUACAUUUCUCCUGUGUUUACUGGGUUGGAAGAAUAUUGCUUCUGUAUUCAUUGUGUGGCCAAAGACAACUAAAAAGGACAGAGUGAGGGGACUGGGAACCCCCUUCCUGUGUAUUUCUGUCCUUCCAGCAAGACAAGGCAGGUCUUGGCUAUUCCCCCUUUAAAAGGAAUGUCUGUUUGGUAUAUGCAUACAUAGGUAGUGUUGUAGAUAUAGACACGUCUGUUUAAUGUAUUUUUUAUCCUCUGUGACAUGAUGAAAAUUUGUGAUGGGAGCCAUUCAUAGGCUGGUCAUUGUUUUGGGCCUCUGAAAAGGACCUGAUGCAAGGACACAGGUUGGCACAUUUUACAAAAUGACUAAUGCACUCCCUAGCUUGGAUUCAGUGAGACUGCCAUAUUUUAUAAAAUUUGGACCAUAUGAUUUAUUUUCAUUAAACAGCAAGGUAGAUGUAUCUUUUGACUAUGAUAAACAUUAAUAUUCACAAAAGACUGGUAUUACCUUGAAGAAUAACAUUUUCUCAAUGUUUCCCAUGUAUUUUGUCUACUUUUCAGUGAAGAAUAAAACAAAAAAAACUUU